GUGUCGUGUCGUGUCGUGUCGUGUCGUGUCGUGUCGUGUCGUGUCGUGCCGUGCCGUGCCGUGCCGUUAUGAGUGAAGGCGGUGAGGCCGCGCAGUCAAAGAGGAGGGGGCACCCGAGCAGUGCUGGCAGCGUUCAUGGUGAGCUGGAGUCCAUUGCUGACGAGGAAGGCGCGGCCGGGCGAUCGUUGGCCGCGGCGGGGGGGAAGAGACGGGACGAGACGAGACGAGACGAGACGAGACGAGGGAGGGGCAACGAUCGCAGAGUUCCUGCAGCGUAUCUAUCACAACGAUUGGCAAGACGGGAGUGGAAGAAUCAUGCUCCGGCUGGUCGAGCCUGCCGGGCGGAGGGACAUUUGUGCAAGGGCCUGCGCGGCGUGGACGGGCCUGGGCCCUGGGCCGCGGGCGGCUGGGGAGCGGACGUGUUUCCGCCUUGCCACUCACAUGGGACGGAUGCGCCGGGGCACGACUGGGAGAGCCACAUGCGCUGGACUGGCCACGCGAGAAUGGGAGUCGCCGGUCAGGACUGUCGUGCGCACAGGGGUGGUGUCGAGAGGAGGCUGUCUGGUGCACGCAAGUCGCUCGGUGCUGUCGUCGACAUCCAAGGAUGGCUGCCCCUCGAUCGCGGGCGGGACGAGGCGGCGCGCGAGGGGCAGCGCAGACAGCAGAACAGGGCGUGCAUGCGUGCAUACGUGGGUGUGGGCGCACAUGGCCAGCACAUGGCACAGCCAGACUAGCCAGGCCAGCCUAUCGGGGACUUGCCGCCGCACCAUGCCAAGCGCAGGAUGCGGCCCCGCCGCGCUGACUAACAUUCCGAGACGUGUCGGUCACCAUGACGUGGGCCGGUCGUGGCGCACGAGCCGGAUCAUUUUCCCCUGCGGGCACCAGGGCACCAGGGGCCCCAGACAGUGAUUGGCCGGCGGGCAAGAGUGCGCGAAAGUGAGCGCUUCCCGGCCGGCAAUGAUGGUCAGGUAGUGCAUAUUCUAGGAAGAGAUAGAUCAAGGCUGAAAGAGAUGGUGUGUAAAGCCUUGCUGUUCGAAAGCCUCUACCGUCU